UGGAAUGCGUAAACAUCUGCCGAUAUUUCACCGUCGUUUGAUCACACGGAAUCGCCACGAUUGCCACCAAGCAACUCUAGUGGCAAUGGUUCUUCAGAAGAAAUUAUGUCCGCUAAAACGGUGUUGAUGAUGCUGUAGCCGAUACUGGCAGUGUUUCUGGUGAAUUUACUGUUGAAAGUGCCGCUAUAGAAAGCGUUAUAAAUUCCACUGAAUUGGCUGAAUCGAUUGAACCGCAGAAACUGGCUACAAAUUUCACUGAAGAUAAUGAUGGCACAUCAAUUCAUGGCCAACAAGAUCAAGAUGAAUGGGAUGAAUGGGAUCCACGAAUUUUUAUGUAUUCAAAUGACUCAGAUGAUGAGGUCGCAGAUGUUCAAAGCGCCACGCAACAAGUAAACGAAACAAGUGAUGACAGCUUUGAAAUCGAAAAUUGUCACGAAAUAAAAGGCGGAAAUGAUGGAAACAGCACUUUAGUUGAUGUACGCAAGUACUGCGAUGAACUAGAUCGUUCAAUUGAGGUGGCUAAUAAACAAUUCGACGAAGAUUUCACUGACAUCUAUGGCCUCUUUGGUGGUUGUUCUCUCACUGCAAAUGGCGAAACAAAUUCUGGUUUACCGGUCUUGUCUGAAAUUAGCGAUAACCAAUCAACUAUAAUUCAAGAUCAGAUUGCGAUUAGUCAAAUUAUUGAAGAUGCUGUAAAGAAUGUUGCCGGCGAUAAUUCUGAUGAAUCGGUGGCUGACUCUGUUGGUCGUUCUCAUUGCUUUGAUCUAAUCCGGCGUACUAACGACUUGCCUUUCUCCAUUCAUGGCAAAACAGGCGAAACUCAAGAUCAGACUGCUGGUAUCGCUAUUGAAAGCGUGAAUAGUGGUCACACAGAAUUGCCACCUACCAACUCUAUUGAUCUAAAUAUGAUUUCGACUCCCACAGCUGAUGAGGCUAGUGACAAUGGCUCUAAAGGAGAAAUGAUGUCCGCUAAAAACGGUGUUGAUGAUGCUAUAGCCAAAACUGGCAAUGUUUCUUGCGUUUCUGGUGAAUUUACUGUUGAAAGUGCCAUUAAUGAUAUUGGUUUGAUCGAUUCAAAUAAUAAAUCUUCUUCAACAAGCACCACUCUGAGAAAACUCAGAUGUUAA